AUGAGUAGGAACGUUGACAAGGCCAACUCGGUUUUGGUGAGGUAUCAAGAACUUCAAGCGGAAGAAGGCAGUGGUUAUAAGGAUUAUUCGAGGUAUAAGAGACCAACAAAACUAUCAUCGGUGAAAUCGCUAAAUGAAGCACAACAAUGGCGCAAACAGAUUACAAGGGAGAUUAAUGAUAAGACCACCAGGAUAUAUGAUCCUUCAUUGAACGAAAUUCAGGUUCAGGAGCUUAAUGAUGAACUAAAUGAACUUUUAACUGAGCAGAACAAAUGGGAUUGGUAUAUGUCAAAGAUUCUUGGUGGAAAACGUCCGGACAAGAGGAGGAGAGAUGAUGUGAUUGGUGGUAAGCUUAUAAAUGGGAAACGGUAUUUUGGACGGGCUUUGGAACUUCCUGAGGUGAAGGAUAUUUUGAAGAAGCAGCAGGACGAUGAGAUAUACGGAAAGAAUGGGAAAGGUAUUGUCAAUACGAAACUGAUACCGAAGGAUAAAAGCGCCCCUUAUUAUGGUGCUGAGAAGAUGGUAAGCGAAGAAUUAAUAGAAUUCGAAGAUCAAUGGACAUCAAUACUGCGAAAAAAGUUCAUAGGGAAUGAUAGAUUAUCUGGGGCAAAGCUGGAAAACAUUGGUACGAAGAUACCUACCAUACAGGACAUGGAAUCGUGGUUGGUUGAAGAAAGGAAGAAAAAACUUCUGAAGGACUUGAGUUUAUAA